AACAGUGAGGGUAACGAUCCGUUGGAACAACGUACUAAGGGCUGUGGUGGAUUCUCCAUCGCUGGCAAUUUUUCAAUCAAGGCUGGAUGUUUUUCUAAAAGAUCUGCUUUGGUUCAAACAGGAAUGAAUCCCGGAAGGUCCUGUAAACUGUGUUAUUUAGGAGGUCAGACUAGAGGAUCACAAUGGUCCGGUCUCAGAUCUAUAAAAGGUUCAGGAUGGGUUUGGGGCAUGUGAUGACAGAAAGAGGAAAAGCUGGGUCAGUAAGUCUCAGAAAUAGGUAGGGUUUUCAGGCAAGUAUCUCAGAAAUAUUAGAGCAAGAAAGGAAGGGGCUGCACCCCGCAGGGCUCCCGAAGUGAGCAGCAGAGAGGAUGGAGUCCAGGUGGUGAAGUCUGGUAAAUUACCAACAGGGAAUGGCCGGGCCAGUCAGAAUACUGAUACCAUUAAUAAACAAAGGUGCGUGAGUGUAACAAGUACAGAUGUGACGAGUGUGGGGGAGUGGAGGGAAUGGGGGACUCAAAGAUAGCAGCAGUAAAUCAUAGACUAGUUACAUGUAUGUAACAAGUUACAUGUAGUACAAACAUGAAUGUAACUAAUCUGUGACCUUAUACCAAUGUCUCUUGCCCUCACUGUCCUUCCUGUUCCACGCAGUGCAUGCUCCUUCCCUCCCCCCCCUCCCCCCAGUCUUAAAUUGGCUCAGAAGGUCUCCGGGGCAGGGACUGCACCCUGCUCUGUGUAUGUGCAGCACCUAGCACGACGGGGCACCAAUCCUCUGGCUGCUCAUGUUGUAUCAGUAAUUCAACUGAAAAGCAGCUGUGUUCUGCUUGGCUAGCCUGUCGCUGCUGAUGUGAAGUGGCAGGGCCUUGGCAAGGAGGAGGGCUCUGGAUUGGACUGACUGGAGCAGAAGCCACAGUCCUUAUUAACGGCAACUGAGAUGACUCCCUGCGUUCUGCAUCUGUCCCUGGAACUAUUUAAAGAGGGCCACUGACGUCUGCACUGGCAGGUGGUCUUGGGGGCUGCUGGAUAGCUAGCAGCCUGCUGGGGGAUUGGGGCUGUGCUUUCACGCCAUCUGCCUGCUGGGUCCCACCAGGAGCUGGCAAAGCAUAGGCUCUGCUGGUGAACAAUGCUGCUCUGGCUCUUGCUUAGCACACAGGCAGGCUGGACUGUGUCCUCCUCCCAGCCAAGGCCCUGAGGACGCUUUACUAGGGCAGAAAUCUUCAGCAGGAGGAAAGCAAUUCCCCUGAAUGGGAACCCAGUCUACAGAUCUUCUCCCUUAGCCUUUGGGAUCUACUCUCUGCCUGAUGGCUCUGCUGCAGGCUGGUACUGCAGCUCCGACAACCAGCUGGAGCUCCUGCUCCGCUCCUGCUCUCUCUGCAGCCAACAGGAUGGCGUAUGUGGAUCCCGAGCACCCAGCUCUCACCCUUUGCCAGUCCAUCUUCUUCUGCAAAGGAAUGAUAGAAGGGGUGGUGGCUAUCCUCUUCCUCUGGCUGUUCAUCCAAGUCCUGCUCAACAAACAUCAGCAAGGGGAUUGGAAGCUUGGUGACUUUUGACACCCGGGUUGACCUAUUGAACCUAUUGAUCCAGAUCUACCAUGGCAUCCAAGGUGGAUCAGCUCUGGCUCUGCUACAGGCUGGUACUGCAGCUCCGACAACUUGCUUCCCACGCCAGGGGUACUGCAACCUGCUUCCCGCGCCAGGCUUUGAGGUCAGGAUGUCAGCACGUUCCUUCACUCUUGGCCCCGCAGCCAUAGUGAGGAGGUUAGGGCCAUCAUGCUCAAAUACUGGGGGUGGGAGGAGGUGUCUCAUGUGGUGACGUACAGUAAGACAAGUGUGGAUGGGUAGUGAGGGGAGCCACAUGUAGCUCUCCUAGGCUGGCAUGGACAGCACGAUGGGGGGGUGAGUGCAGGAGGGAAAUCGCUGGGGCACUGCGGGAACCUUGAGAGUCCUCUGUGAGUCAGGGGACAAUGUCAAGGCUGAGUUUACCUUCAUGAUCCUACCAUGCAUGCUGUGUUAGCAGUGCCACGUGCCACACCACACAGAACUGGCUGCUGUCUGCGUCAGGGCACCUCCACUUCCAGGCUGUUUGCCCUUCCUCUAGCACAUGUGGGGUCACCCCACGGCUGUCAACGAAGCCCCAGACCCACUGACUUGGAAAGAAGGCCGAAGAGAGGAUUCUGGUUUUUUUCCCCUGGACGUUUGACUGGCGUCAAUCAUGUGUCUUACACAAACAGUGCGUCAACUCGGCUGUGGGGCUGAUAAGAGGAGGUUUUUUUCCAUGGCCAUUAUCUUGUUUAGGGUGAGGCUGGGUUUAUUUUAGUCUUGCGACUGAUGUGAUGAUUUGAUGUAAUAAGUCCAGCUCCGCUCGGGAAUGGUGCUUGGAGAGAAUGGAGCACUGCAGAUGCUGAUGCCCCCAGCACAGCUCUCUGACCCCGCUCCUUCCUCUAUCGCUCACCAUUACGCACUAAUCUUUCCAGGCACGUCCUGUGCGGUGAUGGGAGAGGGGCUGACAGGUUUGGUUUAGUAACAGCACAGAGUUGGACCGCUGGCUCUGACUGUUCCGGGGUGUGUGUGUGUGGGUGUGUGUGUGUGUGUGUGUGUGAGAUAGAUCUUAAGAUCAUUAUACCUGGCUCUGACACUGGCUUGCUGGUGACUUUGGGCUCUUCACCACCCUGUGCCUCAGUUGACCAAUCUGUAAAAUGGUGAUCCUGAUACUGACCUCCUUUGGAAAGAGCUGGGUAUUAUUAUUAUAAAGGAUGAUUCUGCUCACUUCAUCCUUGGCGUAGUGAUGUGAACUGCUGAUUUCUGAAGAGCUGAGGGAGGUAUCUGCCCAAUCAGUCUAGCUAUGGCAUUUGUAAUAGGCCCAUCGCUGUAGAACACAGGUGCAAACCGCUACAUCUUAAUCACAUUUCCCACCCACUGGCCAGGCACCUUCUGCCAAAUGCCUCUGCUCAUGCAGGAGCUCUGCUACCUGCAGCCCCUUUCAUAUGCUCAUGCUGUAAUUCCUCUCUGCUCCAUUCAGUGCAUUUGCAGGUGCUCCUCGGAGUGGGGCUGGCUCUUCUGUGCUUCUGCCUUCUCCUGAGCUGUGCCAUGUGCUGGCGUCGAAGCGAGAGGCACAACCAGAGCAACAGGAAAGAGCAGGCACCGACACACACCCUGGUGGAGCUGGGGCCUGCUCUGCCUUCCCAGACCACCGCCGUGCCCAUCCAGCAACAGUACGUGGAGCUAGAGGGAGAGGUGCUGGAAUGUGCAGGGAAUGACUCGCAGGGUUCUCCUGGGGCUGGCAGUCCGCCACGGAACAUGUUGCGUGGGAGGGCCUCUUUACCCAGCAUCCCUUUCUCCCAGAAGCUUGGCCUGUUCUCCCAGACAGAGCCAGGCUGGGAGCGCCGGUUCACCAUCUCUGGGGAGACUGACGAGAGCAGCCUGCUGACCCUUCCUGUUCUGGGAGCCAGCGUCCGCCAGUCGUCCACCAUGCCAGGGAGGCUCUCCAGCGCUGGCCGCAAGCAGCGGCCCCAGCUCCACUUCAUCCUGUUCUAUUCCCAGCCCGAGGCCACACUCACUGUGACGGUGAUCAGCGUGUCCCACCUGCCCAAGGGCUUUCGGAGCAGCCGGGACUCUUACGUCAAGGUGUACCUGCUCCCCAAGUUCAUCGAGCCCCAGCGCACGGCCGUGCGCAGGAAGAGCCUCAACCCCGAGUUCCGAGAGCAGUUCCAGUUCGGCCGCUACCACCUGGAGGAGCUGAGGGGCUUCACCCUGCGCUUUGCUGUCUACAUGAAGGAGUUUCGCAGCUUCAGGGACUCCUUCGUCGGGGAAGUGAUGUUCCCAUGUGCUCAGGUUACUUGGAACCCCGAGGUGGCCUCCAGCUACACCCGGGAGCUGUCAACCACCAAAACCAAACUCAAAAAGUGUCUCAGCACCCAGGACAUGAGCUAUGGCGCUGUGUGCUCCCAAUCCACGUCUCUGGGCCAGCUCUUCAUUCUCCUCCAGUACCAGGCUCUGGCCAAUCGUAUCAAGGUGCUGGUCCGCAAGGCAGAGAAUCUGGGUCGGCUCACCCGCAUGCCAGGGGCACCAGACCACUACGUUGUCAUUCACCUUUACCACAAUGGGCGAGUCAUGGACACGAAGGAGACCAAGUCCAUAGCCGGCUACAACCCUGUGUGGAACACGCCCUUCCUCUUCAACAUCCCUGAAGGAGACAUCCAGGAGCAGCAGCUGUGCCUGGAGUUCACCAUCAUGCAGACUCGUCUCUAUACGCGCAGCUGUACCCUGGGCAGAGUGCUGAUUGGACCCCACGUCCCAGAGGCAGGGCUGCUCCACUGGAAGGAGAUGUGCCGCCGAGGACACAUGGAAUCCGCACGGUGGCAUGUAAUUCAGCCAAAUGCUUUCAGUCUCUCCCCUUGACGUUCCCUCCGGCCAGUCGACAGGUGUCUCAUUGGAGCUCCUCAGUCGGAGCAGGAUGGGGAAGUCAGUGCCAAUGUGUGAGCGGGUGAUUCCUGCUGGCUGUGCAGCUGGGUUAAGAACUGCAGUCGUGUCAGAAGUCUCGUCUCCUACGUGGUGCGAGUCUUCUCUGUGCUGCCCUGGAUGGCCCCGAGGCCACCAAGACUUGGAGCAGCAAGGAACUCGAAGCAAAGCCAGAGACUUUCCUUGUUAAGUAUCUUUGAUAGAGAGCAUAUGUCUGAAAUUAAAGGGAAAGAGCCCCACUGUCAGCUCCUGGCUGCUGUUGGGAUAUUGGCCCAGGGGAAGGGAGCACUGGCAGCAGUAGCAUCAAAAGGAGGGCAGGAGAUGGGCACAGGGAAAGGAGCAGAGGGAAGUCAGAGCGUGGAGAGGAGAGGAAAGAGCAUUGACAGAUGGAAGGAGCAAGCUUCACAUGUUCCAGGCUUGCUCAGGAUUCCAGGCUGGCACACCAACAAAGCUAGUUGUCCCCUCUCCCCAAACCAAGACAGUAACC